AUGAUAGCAGCAGCAACAUAUGUUAUGCAUACAACAAAGAAUAAAUAUAAUGAUAAUGAAAGAAAAAUCUCUGUUACUGUUUAUCAUAACGAUCGACAGCUGUAUUUACAUGGCAUAUGUCUUGAAUGUCUAUCUAUGCGUUCAUUACUUAUUCUUAGUCAUAUAUAUUCUAUUCUGAAUAAAAAUAAAUUUUUGGCUAUGUGCCAAGAAUAA